CUUGUUAACAUUUCAAUGUCACCUGUCGUUAACAGUGACCGUAUGUCAAACAUCUGAGCUCGAUAGUGAUUAAUUUUUGCUUUUAAACUAGACAAAGUCAACACCGUGAUGGCAUUUCUCCUAACGUCUUCAUCAAGAUGUCUCCGUUCUUUAUUUCGACGAAGGUAUUCCAAUCUAAGAAACUCAAACCUACCAAUGCUCUUUUCGGAAGAAGUCCUACAAGCAAAGUCUGAAGGGAAGCCCGUCGUAGCACUGGAAUCCACAAUUAUAACACACGGCAUGCCUUACCCGCAAAAUUUGGAAACAGCUCAAGAGGUGGAAAAUAUAAUAAGGGGAAUGGGAGCAACGCCCGCAACAAUAGCGAUCCUUAAAGGUCAGCUAACGGUAGGCUUGACGCAGCAACAGCUGCAGUACCUAGCACAAACUAAGGGCGUAGUGAAAGCAUCUCGAAGAGACCUCGCGCCUGUCAUGGCUGGUAAUCAGGAUGGCGCUACUACUGUAGCAGGGACUAUCAUAGCUUCAGAGUUGGCAGAUAUCGAUGUAUUUGUUACUGGUGGCAUAGGUGGAGUGCACAGGGAAGGUGAGCAAACAAUGGACGUCUCGGCAGACUUAACCGAAUUGGGUCGAAGCCGCACUUUAGUUGUUUGUAGCGGAGUUAAAUCCAUUCUUGACAUCGGGAGGACACUGGAAUACUUGGAAACUCAUGGCGUGACUGUAUGUGCGUUUGGUCCUACCGAUGACUUCCCCGCUUUCUAUACACCACGGUCUGGUUACCGCGCGCCGCACCGCGCCGCAGACACGCCGCACGCUGCCCGCAUCCUGCAUGCUGCGAGACAACUGCGGCUACAAUCAGGCAUCGUCGUGGCUGUGCCAGUGCCCCAGGAACAUGCUAUGGAUGAAAAUGUUAUAGAGGAUGCGAUACAAUGUGCUUUGAAGGAUGCAAAGAAGAAAGGAAUUAAAGGGAAGGAAGUUACACCAUACAUACUCGCCGCUGUGUCUAAAGCUACCGGAGGUGCUUCUCUCAGCACUAACAUCGCUCUAAUAAAAAACAACGCAAAAGUGGGCGCCGACAUUGCCGUCGAGUUUCAAAAACUGAAGAAUGUGAACUACGCACGAAAUUCCUUUAAUACCGGAUCCUCCGGGAAUUUGGGAACCAGACAAUUUCAUACUGCAUGUAAUUUACGCCUUGGAAAGUUGGAUCGUGGCGAGGAAAUCGGCACGUUUAUCAAAAAAGAGAAUUUGGCAAAUCCAGUACUUGUGAUCGGGGGUGCUAACGUCGACAGAACUUACAGAGUUACUGAAGAUCGAGUACAGUUGGACGGUAGUACACAUCCGUGUGUGACAGAGCAGUGCGGGGGCGGCGUAGGGCGCAACAUAGCAGAGGCACUGUGGCGACUCCGUGGAGGCAACGCGCGCCUUCUCACUGCUAUCGGCGAUGAUUCGGACGGACGAUAUCUCUCCGACAUAGCACCUGGACUGUUGCUUGAAGGUUGCGUGGUCAAGGAUGCACGAACCUCGAUGUAUUCGGUACUCUUCGACUCGAAAGGAGAAUGUCUGUUAGGACUCGGUGACAUGGAUAUUCAUAAUCAAAUAACACCUCAAAUGGUAGACAAACAUAUUAAAACACUGGAGAAGGCGCCCCUAGUGGUGCUGGACGGCAACGUGCCGCAACCAACAAUGGACUACGUGCUACAAUUGUGCCACGAAAUGGACAAACCUGUUUUUUUUGAACCUACUGAUAGAAGAAAAGCAACAAAAGCACUACAUUCCAAAAAAUACAGAAUUACAUAUUCUUCCCCAAAUAUAAUGGAAUUACGGACUAUGGCAAAAUUCCUUGAACCAAGCAUUAUUAUUGAAGAAGCAUCCGAUAUUAAUGAAAUAAUUGAUCUCUCAAAGAUUGUAACUCAAUUUAUUAAGAUACUGAUCGUAACAAUGGGCAAGAAAGGCGUUAUUACUGUUAAUAACGCUUCUGAACAACCUUCAACCGAAAAAAAACCGAAUGUACAGUAUUAUUCAGUUGAAAAACUAAAUAAUGUAGAAAAUGUAUCAGGAGCUGGAGACUGUUUUGCCAGUGGUUACAUUCACGGCAUUUUAUCUUGCUAUCAAGAAUCUCACUGUGUAUCUCUAGGAUUUGAGGCGGCAAAGUCGGCUUUAUUAAGCAAAAGUACUGUGCCCAAUAGUUUUCAAAUACCAGCUAAUUUCUAUGAAUGUUUUCAACAAACUAAAGGGGAGGUAGACCAUUAAAAAGCAAGAACUAAAAUGUUUACAUUUAUUGUAAAAAAACUUAUAAAAAUCCACAUUUAAAAAUAAAAUUAUGUAGUCUGCUUUAUUCAGCGAAAUUACUGUGCCCAAAUGUUUUCAAUUACCAGCUACUUUCUAUAAAUGUUUUCAACAAACUAAGGGGGAGGUAAACCAUU